AUGAAGCGGGGUUGGGAGGCCGCUACUGCGGCCUUAUUUUGCGUUCUCAUUUGCCCUGCCAUUUCCGAUUUUGAGGUUGUGGCGAGUACGGCCCCCCCUCUCGCGGAGUUUGAUAAAACGGGCACUGCCGUAGAAGGUGCUCUACAGCCUGAGGCCCUUACUGCUUCCGUGGAUGCGGCGAACAUCGGGGCAGAAAGCGCUUUAGCGGAUCUUUUUUCUGAGGCAGAGACUGCCGGUGCAACAGAAGAGGAGUUGGAGCUUCUCGCAGGGGGCCUUCAGGCCGUCGCGGGAGCAGGGGCCAUGUUGCUGGCGGGGGGGGCUUUUGCGCGCGAGCAUUUAAGCUCCAUUCGUUGGGCUUUUAAGGCUUUGGAAAACGCCCUAAAGAACAAGCCGUGGUCGUGGACGUGGUAUAUGAUGCGAAUGCCUCGCGUGGAUGAGAAUGUCUUUCCGGAGUUUCGCCUGGUCGCUGACGGGUUAGAGGGUCGUGCAGUCGGUCCCCCGGGAGCUCCCGUGGUGAUUCCAGGAGGUGCUUUGAAGGAGGGAACGCGGAGGCGUACGUUUCUGAGUAUCGUGAAGAAGCCUUCGCAGGCAUUAGCUGACUUUUUAAAACUUGGACCCAGCGAGAGGAAAAAAGGUUUUGCGCUCAAGGGCCGAAGCUACCGUCCGGAAUAUGGCAGGGAGCAGGCGAUAUGGGAGGCAUACGUUAUGCAGUGGCACAUUCCGAGAAACCAUCCUCUCUUCUUCUCGAUUUUGACUGCGUUUAGAUCUCCGCGCACAGGGAAUAUUUACUUGGUUCUGCCGAGGGCGUGCUGUGACCUAUCACAGUAUUACAGGGAUGCUCCAAAGAGCAUGGACGUCCAGCACGCCGCGGCGGAGAUGGCCUACUCCUUGUCGAGGCUGCACGCAUUAGGCUUUCUUCAUCGGGAUAUAAAGCCCCCCAAUUACUUUGUCUCUGAAACAGGGCACAUUCAGCUGGCGGACUUUGAGAUGCUGUGGCCAAUUUCCCUCCCUUGCCCGCAAGAAGAAGCCACGCACACGCGAGGCUUCACGGCCCCAGAGCUAAGCAUUGAUAGCUCGUAUGUGCCGUUUAGCAUUAAGACAGACGUCUACGCUCUAGGUGUGGCUUUCGCCAGGCUGCUGUCGCACGUGCGAAUGUACCAGGAUGUUCCCAACCAGAAAGCCUUUGUUCGACUUAUUGUGAAAAUGGUGCAAGACGACAUUGAGAAACGUAUAACGCUAGACGAGGUUUUGGCAGACGUUUACUUCCAAGGGAUCGACUGGGAAAAGAUUGGAAGGGGAGAGGGGCCGCCACCCUGCCCGCUUGCGAAACGCUUGAUGGACUGA